AUUUUUUUUUAUUUAUUUUUGUUUUUUAGCGACAGCUCUCAAACCUACUUUGGGGUCUUAAAACGAAACCGUACACCAUUUCACUGUGGACAUUACACCCUCUUUCAGAUAUGGGAGACAUGGGAGACCCACCAAAAAAAAAACGUCUGAUUUCCCUAUGUGUUGGUUGCGGCAAUCAAAUUCACGAUCAGUAUAUUCUGAGGGUUUCUCCGGAUUUGGAAUGGCAUGCGGCGUGUUUGAAGUGUGCAGAGUGUAAUCAGUAUUUGGACGAGACCUGUACGUGCUUUGUUAGGGAUGGCAAAACCUACUGUAAAAGAGAUUAUAUCAGGUUAUACGGCAUCAAGUGCGCCAAAUGCAGCAUCGGCUUCAGCAAGAAUGACUUCGUGAUGCGCGCCCGCGCCAAGGUGUACCACAUCGAGUGUUUCCGCUGCGUGGCCUGCAGCCGCCAGCUCAUCCCAGGCAUGAAUUUCGCGCUGCGGGAGGACGGCCUUUUCUGCCGGGCGGACCACGAACGGUGGUGGAGCGGCCAGCUGGCGGCGAGGGACCUCUCGAGCGCCCCUGCACCCGCCCGGCCGCUGCAGAUUGCAGCAGAACCUAUCUCUGCCAGACAGCCAGCUCUGCGGCCCCACGUCCACAAGCAGCCCGAGAAGACCACCCGAGUCCGGACUGUCCUUAAUGAAAAACAGCUUCACACCUUGAGGACCUGCUACGCUGCCAACCCCAGGCCUGACGCCCUCAUGAAAGAGCAACUGGUAGAAAUGACUGGCCUCAGCCCGAGGGUCAUCAGGGUUUGGUUUCAAAACAAGCGAUGCAAGGAUAAAAAAAGGAGCAUUAUGAUGAAGCAACUUCAGCAGCAGCAACCCAAUGACAAAACUAAUAUCCAAGGGAUGACAGGAACUCCUAUGGUGGCUGCUAGUCCGGAGAGACAUGACGGUGGUUUGCAGGCGAACCCCGUGGAGGUGCAGAGUUACCAGCCGCCCUGGAAAGUACUGAGUGACUUCGCGUUGCAGAGUGACAUAGACCAACCUGCUUUUCAGCAACUAGUUAAUUUUUCGGAAGGAGGACCCGGUUCCAAUUCUACUGGAAGUGAAGUAGCAUCAAUGUCCUCUCAGCUGCCAGAUACACCCAACAGCAUGGUAGCCAGUCCUAUUGAGGCAUGAGGAACACUCAUUCAGAUUUCUGUUGUUGUUGUUUCUGCCCUUAUCCUCAUCCCGUUGGAGAGAGUGGGAAAGUGAACGUGUUGUGACUCCGAAAUUUAGGGGGAAAGAAUAUUUAACAACCCUGUAAGAAACCUAGCAAGGAACUGUUCCAUGAGAUGAACGGAGUCAUGUUUGAAAAGACAAGGUAAUAUGGUAGCAACACUGUGAAGACAAUCAUGGGAUCUCACUAGAAAAAAAUACUAAAAAGAACCACAAACCCCGCGCUUUUCAAUGAUCAGAGGAGGAUCAAAAAGACGUUUUCCAAAUGUAAAGGAUUUGUACUUGUGGAUCUCAAAAAAAAAAAAUCUUUUCAUUUGACUGCACAUCUUAGGGAGAAACCAAGGUAGAGGGACUUUCUAUCUGGUCCCUCCCAAUCCGAAUGGUGCUGUUUCAAUAUUGGGGAUAGCCUUGCCAAAAGAAGCUCCAGUAGGUUUUCCAUCAUCAGGAAAGAGACGAUUCAGCCCUGCACUGUUGAAAGAUUCCUUGCAGGAAGGUGGAGCUGCGUUGGUUUGCAAUGUUGUUUUUAGUUGACUCUUUAACAAGGGGUUGUUUCCUGGGUCUCUUCUAGCAUGUCUGUAGCGGGGUUUUGGUUUUGUUUGGUUGAGAUCCACCCCCUAUUAAGUCUUAGAUGAUUAAAAAUAGAUUUUCGAUUUCCUCUUUGAAACCAAUUUAUAAAAACAUUGCAACAAGGUAUACCUCUAUUUUGCCACAAAGCGUCUCGGGAUUGUGUUUGAAAUGUGUCUGCCCAAGAACCUUCCCCUCCCCCAAAGAUGUGUAUAGUCAUUGGUUAUAAGGACUGUUUUUCUCUCUUUCUCUUUCUCUCUCACUCUCUAAAAAAAAAAAAAAAGAAAAAAGU